CGAAUUGUCCUUCGUCCCUCAGCGAGUAAACCACAAACAAAAAUGGCUACCUCCUCCUAAUUCUUUAACCUUCCCAGAGCCAGUAGGAGCCUUCACCCUCAAUUUCUGUAGCUAGUUUUACUUUGUGGUCCACCUUAGUUCAUAUUUACGGCCCUCUCUCAUCUCUAAAGGGUAGUCUGGUGGAGUUUCCCGAUCGAGUCUCUUUGUCGUCUCCUUCCGGAUAUAGAUUGCUCUUCUGUCCUUUCUUCCCCGAGGACGGCCUUUCUCACUCACUCCCUCUCUCUCCGGGUCUGCUAUCCGUCUGCAAGAGGGACUGUAGUGGCGGAAAGCUUAAAGAGGGCUGAGCCUCCCUCUUUCUCCUAUUCUAGUGUACACACCAUAUUUGAUCAGUUGGAUAGCUCUUUCUCUCUGACAUGUUUUUCAUCUCUUCCCCGUUUAAUUGAAGAAGAGAGAUACCUACAAGCUAUAAAUGAUGGAUCACCAGUUAUUAACUGAUACUAAUCCUGUCCCAGCAAGCAAGAAACCAAGAAUGAACAGCGAUUCAGAAUUUGGUUUCAUUGAGCUUCCCGAAGAGCUAACUGAUAUCCAGCUCCUAACAGGUUCUGAUAGUAAUAACCUUUUGGAUCAGCCUUUCCCAUCAGCUCAGCAAUUGGAUUUACCAGUACCACAGUCCUCGAACGUGGCGACGCCUCCAAACAUGGGCACGCCCACAAAUAAUAUGACCACGCCUUCAAACAUGGUCACGCCUCCGAUCAACAACAUCAAUUCAAACACUGGUACACCCUCUCCUUCAAACAUGGGAGGGAUACCGUCCCAACUAGUUACCCACGGCUCUGCUACUCCUCCUCCUAACGCUGUAGUCAGCACUUCAGGAGACCCCACUCCAACUCUUCCCUCAAUUAGCUCUUCUCCUUCUCACUCCUUCCCUCCCUCCUCCUCUCUACCCCAGGCCAACGCCACCAUGACAAACUCUCCGUAUCAGAUGAACAUGUACCAGCAGCGUCCCCAUCCAGGGAUGCACCCCCAAGGUCCCAUGGGAGGUGCACCUAUGCAUGGGAACACUUACGGGAUGCCGCGAGCAGCCUACCAUCACGCUGGAAUGCCUCGUAUGAUGCCUGGGUAUAAUAAUCCUCAUAUGAUGUCACCUCACCAGCCCAUGUUACAGUCCGGGGGGAUGGGAGGUAUGGGCGGAAUGGAUCACGGGUAUCCCAGCCAGCCGACUCAUCCUCAGAUGAUGCAGCAACCCAUUGGAGGGAUGUACCAGCAUCAUGCCCCACCCCCUCCUCCGCCCACACACAGGAUUGAAGUGAGAUCGCCACAACAGCAGCAACAACAAAUGCCUCAACUUCCACCUGUCAUGAGUAGUGGACAGCCCUCCUCUGCAAGCAAUGACCCAGAGAAAAGGAAACUCAUCCAACAGCAGCUAGUACUCCUCCUUCAUGCUCAUCGCUGUCAGCAGAGGGAGAGAGAGCAGCAGGCACACGGUGGGUUCAGACCCUGUGCUCUGCCACACUGUAGGACAAUGAAGAAUGUUCUUAAUCACAUGACAGAGUGUCAAGCAGGGAGAGACUGUCAAUUUCCUCAUUGUGCUUCUUCAAGACAGAUCAUUUAUCACUGGAAGAACUGCAACCAGCAAGAAUGUCCUGUAUGCCUUCCUCUUAAGAACACCACUCGUCCCAAUGUGGGUGGUUCCAUAGGCGGAGUCCCUAAUUCAAUGUUUGGUGGUGACGUCCCUCCAGUGAGUCUCCCACCACACCUGGUCCCAACAGGUACGAAUAGUUACCCAGGGCAAACCGUACCACACUCUGCCCCUCCCACUGGGGGCAUGGCUCCAAAUCAGCAAAUUAUGAAGGACACUCCUGGUGCUAUGGCUCCUGGUCAGAAUCCACCUUUACCUCAAAAAGCUGGUCAGCCUCAAGGAGGAGGAGUUGGAGGAGUUAAUCCUAAUCCAAUGGGACCAGCUCCUGGUCUCCCUCCUUCUUCUACCAGUGGACCCAUGGGCCCUAAUCAAUCCAUGCCUCCUAACCAUGUUAGAGCAUGGCAUGCUGAAGUUAAUUUAGACCUAAGGAAUCACCUUAUUAAAAAACUAGUUGAAGCAAUAUAUCCAGUUCCUAAUCCAAACAGUAUGCAUGAUAGUAGAGUGAAGAGUCUAUUCCAAUAUGCUGUGAAAGUUGAAAAUAUGAUGUUUGAGAAUGCAAGCAGUAGGGAGGAUUAUUAUCAGAAACUAGCAGAAAAGAUUUAUCGUGUUAGAAAAGAACUGGACGAGAAGAGACGAAUGAAUGAAAGAAGAAAAGCAGGUGCUCCUAAUGGCUUCCCUGAUGAUGGUCCUCAUCCAAUCACUGCUGUACCACAGAUGCAAGGACAGCCUAACAGCCAUUCACAAGGUGCUCCAGGCUCUCCUUUUAAUGAAUUCUCAAACCCUUCUCUCUCAUUUCCUCUAACUCCAUACUCUGAGACGACCCAAAAGGACGUCCUUAAAGAGCUCAUCUCCUCCAUCCCUGGGGGCACCGGAACUCCAGGAGGACUCUACACCCCAUCACCAUCGGACCCCUCGGUCCCAACCGUCAAGAGCGAAAUAUUCUCUCCCCCCGUCUCUGCCCUCCCUCCCUCCUCCUCCGGACCUCCCCCGUCCUCUAAUAACAACUUUGAAGACCAGACCCCACAGUCUGCACUAAGAGCUCAUCUCUUGUCUCCAACCAGGACUAACUUACCUCCGUCCUCGGCCGCUCCUCCUGUGUCCAUGGCCGAUAUGGAAGGCAUUGAGAUCAAGACCGAGACUCUCAUUUCAAAGCCGGAGUCUCAAGGCCCGCCUCCCAUCUCCGCCCCUCCAUCAGCUCUUCCUAAUAUGAGGACUCCACAGACUCCCCAGGAAACAUCAGUUGCUAGCAACCGUCAGGCGAGGAGAGAGAGUAUCACUGAUAGUUCGUACUUGCCUCAAGCCACACCUACCACCUUCUCACCGAUCCCUACUCCAGGACCUGGCGAUGAGAAGAAAGCACCUGUUAGUAAGAUAAAACCAGACCCCAGUUUAGUAAAGAUAUUUACUCAUGAUGAGAUUGAGAAUGCACUGAUGCCAGUGUUUAAUGUAGUGAUAAGACAAGAGCCUGAGUCGGAGCCUUUUAAGAAACCAGUCAACCCGAUUGACCUUGGAAUACCUGAUUAUUUUGAUAUUAUUAAGAACCCGAUUGAUCUCUCUAUUAUUCGGCGGAAGCUUGAGGACGGGAGCUACUCGAACCCCUGGCAGUUCUGUGAUGAUAUUCAGUUAAUGUUUGAUAAUGCUUGGACGUACAACAAGAAGACUUCAAGGGUUUAUAAGUUUUGUUCGAAACUUUACGAAGUGUUUUACGAGAAUAUUGACCAGGCCAUGGUCAGCCUUGGGUAUUGCUGUGGACAAAAGCAUGUUUUUCAUCCACAAGUCUUGUAUUGUUAUGGGAAAUUGUGUCCCAUUCCAAGAGACUCUCCUUAUUACGGCUAUCAGAACAAAUAUGUGUACUGUACUAAGUGUUUUACUGAGAUUCCUGGUGAUAGUGUAGCAGUCAGUUUAGAUGGUACUAGCAAUACUUCACUACCCAAAGGAGCUUUCAAGGAAAUGAAGAAUGACUCUGUUGGGAUUGAACCGAUGGUAGAGUGUAUUCAUUGUAAGAGGUCCUUCCAUAAGAUUUGUGUAUUAUAUCAUGAUGCAAUUUGGCCUGAAGGCUACCAGUGCUGCAACUGCUUGCAGAGACUGAGGACCACCAGAAAAGAUAACAGAUUCGUUGCAAAGAGAUUACCUACUACUAAGCUAGGCUCAUUUUUAGAGGAGCGUGUCAACUCGUUUUUAAGAAACGCUAAUGUCCCAGGGGCUGAAGUUACUAUUCGUGUCGUGUCUUCGUCAAAUAAACUACUCGACACUAGACUGGGUAUGAUGGAUAGGUUCUCUUAUUUCCCCUCUCAAUUCCCAUAUCGUACGAAAGCUCUUUUUGUCUUCGAAGAAAUUGAUGGAGCAGAAGUUUGCUUCUUUGGUAUGCACGUACAGGAGUAUGGGUCUGACUGUCCCGCCCCUAACACUAGACGUGUGUAUAUAUCGUACUUGGAUAGUGUUCACUUCUUCAGACCCAAGGAAUACCGUACCCUCGUCUAUCACGAGAUUUUGAUCGGAUACCUUGAGUUUUGCAAACAGAACGGUUUCCAGACAGCUCAUAUAUGGGCCUGUCCGCCUGGAGAAGGUGAUGACUACAUUUUUCAUUGUCAUCCUAUGGAGCAGAAGAUACCGAAGCCAAAAAGACUAGUGGAGUGGUACCGGAACAUGCUGGAGAGAGGGAAGGACCAGUCUGUCCUCUGUGACUUUCAAGACAUAUUCCAGUAUUGUGUGGAAGAGGAGAUCACUACUGUUACCGAUAUACCUUAUUUUGAGGGUGACUUCUGGCCUAAUGUUAUUGAAGAGACUAUAAAGGAGUUGGAUCAGGAGAGAAAAGCAUCAGAAGCAUUAUCUGUUGAUCAACAGCGUGGCGCAGGCUCGAAGAAAGCUGGUAAAAGAGGGACCAGUAAGAAAGGAAGCAAGAAAGCAACGAGCAGACCAAAGAUGGGAAAGAAGGCUAACCCUUUGGUCAGUGGGGACGACCUCACUCAAAAGAUCUACCAAACCAUGGACAAGCAUAAAGAGGUAUUUUUUGUAGUAUAUCUUCAGCCUCCCAAUCAGAUCACCUCUCCUCUUCCUACGACGUCUGAUCCCGACUCUCUCGUCACUUGUGAGCUGAUGGACGGACGCGACGCUUUCCUUAACCUCGCCCGAGAGAAGCACUGGGAGUUCUCGUCGCUCCGUAGAGCAAAGUUCUCGACAAUGUCAAUGCUGUAUGAGUUGCACAAUCAGGGAGACAGGUUUAUUUAUUGUUGUAAUAAUUGUAACACCGACGUGGAGUUUAGGUGGCAUUGUAAGGAAUGUGAGGAUUACGAUCUCUGCACCACCUGUUAUCAUAAGAUUGGUCACGAGCACCCGAUGGAGAGGCUCGGUUUCAAUAUGGGAGAUGAAGACCCCAAAUCCUCUUCUGUCUCAACUACCGUCUCUCGUGUGGAGAUGCAGAAGCGACGAAUCGAGUUCCUCAUCCAUGCCUGUCAGUGCAGGGACAGCUCGUGCUCUAAGCAGCUCUGUAUUAAGAUGAAGCAGUUACUGAGACACGCCCAAAACUGUAAGAUGAGGUCAUCAGGGAAAUGCUCUGUCUGUAAUUUCUUUGUCAAGUUGUGUGCGGCUCACGCUCAAGAGUGUCGCGAGAUCAAGUGUCCAGUCCCGUUAUGUGCUAAUUUGAAAAAGAAGACAAGAGAGAGACGAAUGAGAGAGCAGGCUAGAAGUUUUCAACUUGCCGACCGACGAAUAAUGGCCAUGAAUCGCUCUCACCCGUCCCCUCCUACCACUACUAGCGAGGAGAGCGCUAAUAAACCAAACCCCUCCCCUGCCCCGCCUACACCUCAUCCCGCCCAAACACCCGGUAAAGCAGUGGGGUCUCCUAAUCCACACACUCCGAACCCACAAGCAAUGGUACCUGUUCCGAGCCCUGCUCCACCUGGUCCAGCUACUCCCUUCACUCCAGCCAAAGACGGCUCUUCUCCUAAUGUUACCGUACAGCCCCCAGGAGCAGCAAUGCAGUCUCCUCAGCUUAUGGAGAACAACAUUCAGAAGCUGGUUCAGGCUCUUUGCUCUCCGUCCCCUCAAGAUAAUUUAAAAGCCAAAGAGUAUCUAAGAACCCACACUGAGCUUGUACCGCGAGUGAUUCAAGGACUCCAGUAUCUCUCACGUGACAAGGAGGUCUCUUACUUGCAGCAAGAAUUUGGGAACUAUGUGUCGAGGCCGCCACACCCACAGCAGCCUGUUGGGGGUGGGGCUUACAUGUCGCCUCAGGUCCGUCCGCAAGUACAAAUGCAGCCUAUGCAACCAAUGCAAAGGCCCAUGAUGCCUUCUAGUAAUACAAUGAUGCCUAAUCACUACCACUAUCCUGGAGGCAACCCACACAUGACUCACAACCGUAUGCCUUACCAGGGACAACCAAUGGCCGCCCCGGGUCACUCUCACCUUCAGCACAUACUACAACGUCCUCAGUAUCCAUCUUACGGCAUGCAAGCCCCUCCUCCUCAGUAUGCAGCCAUGAAAAUGCAGCCACGCCCCUCGAUGAACAUGUACCAGCAGAAUAUGAUGAUGCAACAGCAGCAGCCCCACCCAGCGAUGAUGCAGCGAAUGGGUCCUGUUCCUGGAGCCGGGCCGAUGAUGCAGCCUGCUAGGUUUAGCAUGCAUCAGUAUCGUGGACCAGGAGGGAUGGAUCCAGGUAUGGGUAGUAUGGGUAGUAUGGGAGGCAUGGGGGAACCACCUCAGCAGCAGAUGUUGCAGUAUCAUCAUCAGUACGGAGCUAAUACUAACACUAAUAAUAAUAAUACAGUGAUGAGCCAACAUUUUAGAACUUAUUAUAGUAAAGAUCAGCAGUCAUCAUAGCUUCCCUAGCUCCUCUCUCUCUCCUUUCUCUUCAAUAUUAUUAUUAUUAUUAUAUCUAAAUAUGUUAUAUGAUAUAUUGUUAUCAUUUCUUACUACACUAGUCACACCUGCAGUUAUUAUUAUUAUUAUUAUUAUUAUUAUUAUUAUUACUAGUAUUAUUAUUAAUAUAACAAGACAGCUUCUGUUUGUAAUGGCCGUCCUCUUUUGCUUUCUUUUGCUAUUUUGAAAAGAAGCAGAAGGGAAAAAAUACGGCACUUCACUCUCUAUUUCUCUCUCACAGAACUGAGUUUAAUAACCAUUAUUAUUAUUAUUGUUGUUGUUGUUAUUUCUUUUGUUGUCACUUUCGUGUUUAUUUCCAUUUUUCACAUUUUGUCUCUUUCAUGCAAUGUUUUCCCUUUUCUUCACAUUUAUCUCUUUCUCUCUCAUUUUUUUCUUUCCCCCUCUCUCUCUUUUGAACUCUGAGAUCCAGAGGGGUGCACAAUUUUUUCAGUUUGUCAAAAUGUUUACUUUCGUAAUAAUAAUAUUAUAAUUAUUAUAA